ACGCUCCAGUGUUGCUCUGUGGAGAAAUUCUAGCUCUUGCUACAGCUCCGUGUUUAUUAAAUAAAGGAGAGGUUUCUUCUGCGUCGGUGAGUCAGGAUGAAGGUUGUUGGAUCUACCUGUGCGUUGAAGAGUAAGGUGGGUGGAGAGGAUGUGGUGCGCUGCCUGUCUGAGCAGAGCCUGUCCAUCUCCAAGUGCAAGCUGCCACUGCUGGACGAGCACAUGAGCGUCUUCCUGCAGGACAUGAACAGCUGCUACAGUAAGCUGAAGGAGCUCGUGCCCACGCUGCCCACCAACAAGAAGGCCAGCAAGGUGGAGAUCCUGCAGCACGUCAUCGACUACAUCUGGGACCUGCAGGUGGAGCUGGACUCGCCGUGUUCGGUCCGGCAGCACCAGGGCAUGGCGGUGACACGGACGCCACUCACCACGCUCAACACAGAGAUCGGCAGCAUUUCUGUGGAGAACACUUGCUCAGAUGACAGAAUCCUGUGCCGCUGAAAGCCACCAAGCAUCAACACUGCUGAUGGGAAAACGGCCAGAACCUCCUCAGUGUGUGUGUGUGUGUGUGUGUGUGUAUGUGUGUGUGUGCGAGAGGUCCAUGAAGUCCUGCAUGGUGUCUUGUCUGUGGUCAGCGUGAUGACAGACCCUGCAUCACUUCACCAUGCCUUAAACAUUCCUGGUUCUAAUUAUUUUUCUAUAAAGUGUCUUCACACACAGAGAAGUUUAUAUUUUGUUUAAAAGCAAAAAAGAAACAUUUCUCAGAUUUCUGAGUCCAGUGUGUAUUGUAUAUUACAAUGACCUGAUGUUUAUGACCAUGUGUUAUGGCAAUGUUAUUAAUACAGAGCGUAUUUUGUGAAACUAAA